AUGGUUUCAUUAGAUAAUUUUGUUAAACCAGGUCAAAAAUCAUAUAUUGCAAUUGGUCUUGAAGGAUCAGCAAAUAAAUUAGGUGUUGGUAUAAUACGACAUAAAUUAGGUGAUUUAUCACAAGAUAAUAGAGCUGAAGUUUUAUCAAAUAUAAGAGAUACAUAUAUAACACCUCCAGGUGAAGGUUUUUUACCAAGAGACACGGCACGUCAUCAUAGAAAUUGGGUUGUUAGAUUAAUUAAAAAUUCAAUUAAAGAUGCAGGUAUAAAACCUUCAGAAUUAGAUUGUAUUUGUUUUACAAAGGGUCCUGGUAUGGGUGCUCCUUUACAAAGUGUUGUUAUUGCUGCAAGAACUUUAAGUCAAUUAUGGAAUUUACCUUUAAUUGGUGUAAAUCAUUGUAUUGGUCAUAUUGAAAUGGGUAGAGAAAUUACUGGUGCAUGGAAUCCUGUUGUUUUAUAUGUUAGUGGUGGUAAUACUCAAGUUAUUGCUUAUAGUAAUCAAAGAUAUAGAAUUUUUGGUGAAACUUUAGAUAUUGCAAUUGGGAAUUGUUUAGAUAGAUUUGCAAGAACUUUAAAAAUUCCAAAUGAUCCAAGUCCUGGUUAUAAUAUUGAACAAUUAGCUAAAAAAGGUUCAAAAUAUAUUGAAUUACCUUAUACCGUGAAAGGUAUGGAUUUAAGUAUGAGUGGUAUCUUAGCAUAUAUUGAUCAAUUAGCAAAUGAUUUAUUUAAUAAAAAUUAUUCAAAUAAAUUUGUUUUUAAUAAAGAAACUAAAGAACCAAAUUUUACAAUUGAAGAUUUAUGUUUUUCAUUACAAGAAACAUUAUUUGCAAUGCUUGUUGAAAUCACAGAAAGAGCAAUGGCUCAUGUUAAUACUACACAAGUUUUAAUUGUUGGUGGUGUUGGAUGUAAUGAACGAUUACAAAAAAUGAUGGAAUUAAUGGUUUUAGAUAGAAAUGGAUCUAUUUAUGCAACAGAUGAAAGAUUUUGUAUUGAUAAUGGUAUUAUGAUUGCACAUGCUGGAUUAUUAGAAUAUAGAAUGGGUCAAAAAUUUGAAUUUAAAGAUACUGUUUGUACACAAAAAUUUAGAACUGAUGAAGUUUUAGUUAGAUGGAGAGAUUGA